AUGGCUCCUCAACGGCGAAAGCAGUCUUCGGUUCCGGAAGGCUACGUGGAGGACCUCUCCAAAGGCAGAACACUUCGAUUCGAAGCCUCCCUCCCUAAACUCCCCGUGCCAACACUCGAAGAAACCGCAAAGCGCUACCUGAAAUCCGUGCACCCUCUGCUGUCGACCCCCGAAUACGAGCGCACAACCAAGGCCGUGCAAGAGUUCAUCAAGCCCGGCGGCCAAGGAGAGACACUUCAAAAGAGACUCAUUGCUCGCCGUGACGACCCCAAGAUCGAUAACUGGCUUAUCGAAUGGUGGAAUUUCGGCGCCUAUCUAGGCUACAGAGACCCCGUUGUUCCUUAUGUUUCUUAUUUUUACUCCUACAAGGAUGACCGUAAACGUCGCGGCAACCCCGCCGCCCGUGCUGCAACUGUUACUCUGUCCGCCCUUGAGUUCAAGCGCCAGGUCGAUGAUGGAUCAUUGGAGCCCGAGUACUUGCGAAAAAUCCCCAUGGCGAUGAGCUCAUAUCAGUACAUGUUCAACUGCUCACGUAUCCCUGCUCAGCCCGCCGACUAUCCCCAGAAAUUCUCACCAGAAGAGAACCAACACUUUACGGUUGUCCGCAAAAACCAAUUCUUCAAAGUUCCCUACGUUGUCAAUGGACAAAAGCUCACUAGUGGUGAAUUGCAGAAGCAAUUCGAGGUGAUCUACGAGCGUGCUGAGCACCCCGUCACUCCUGUCGGUGUCUUGACUGCUGCAAACCGUGACCACUGGACUGCUACUCGAGCAAAAUUGCUCGAGGUUAGUCCCGCUAAUGCCAAGGCACUCAAGGAUAUUGAGUCCUCUGCUUUCUUGGUCUGUUUAGAUGAUGCUGCUCCUGUGACCCUUGAAGAGCGAGCACAUCAAUACUGGCACGGUGAUGGAUGCAACCGUUGGUACGACAAGCCUCUUCAGUUCAUCAUCAACGAUAACGGUACUGCUGGUUUCAUGGGCGAACACAGUAUGAUGGACGGUACACCAACACAACGUCUCAACGAUUACGUGAACAGUCUUAUCUUUGGCAACAAGCUUGAAUAUGACAACACACCAGUCCGAUCUACCCUCCCCCCGCCAGCUCCUAUCAACUUUGAGCUUAACGUCGAAGUCGAGAAGGCUAUCAACGAAGCUCACCAAGAGCACAAAUCGCUCAUUGCUGCUCAUGAGUUGCGCGUCCAAGCGUUCCUGGCCUACGGUAAAGGAUUGAUCAAGAAGUUCAAAUGCAGUCCCGACGCGUAUAUUCAGAUGGUCAUUCAGCUUGCCUACUACAAGAUGUAUGGUAUCAACCGACCCACCUAUGAAUCGGCAACGACCCGCAAGUUCAAAGAAGGUCGAACCGAGGUCAUCCGCACUGUGUCCGACGAGAGCACUGCUUUUUGCCGUGCCCACCAAGACCCCAACGUUCCUCGCGAGGAAGUCGUCAAACUGUUCCGCGAGGCUCUCAAAGCGCAUACCAAAUAUACUAUGGAUKCCAGCGACGGCAAAGGCGUUGACCGCCACUUGUUGGGCUUGAAAAAAUUGGUGCAGGAAGGCGAGAAGUUGCCUGAAAUUUUCGAUGAUCCUACCUAUGGAUACAGCAGUUCUUGGUACCUAUCGACCUCUCAGCUCAGUUCCGAGUACUUUAAUGGAUACGGAUGGAGCCAAGUCAUCGACGACGGAUUCGGUAUUGCCUAUAUGAUCAAUGAAGACAGUCUGCAAUUCAACAUCGUCUCCAAGAGACUCGGCUGUGAGCGCAUGAGCUUCUACCUCAACGAAGCUGCCCUUGAGCUCCGCGACGUGUUGAUGCCCGAUUUGUUGGCCGAGAAGGAGAAGGCCAAGUUGUAA